GUGAGCGGAGCUGGUCGCCUGACAACAGGCCGGAAGGAAUGUAUGUGUACGGAAGGCAGUGCGGGUCAAGCAGCGUUCUCAGUUGGGUCUUACUAAAUCGAAGUGGAAGAGAGUGUUGGGGUUGUGAGGUUCUAAUGUUACAAUGAAGAUCAUUUCCCUUGAAAAUCACUGUUUUUGAGAACAUUGCAUGAAGCUGGAGACUGCACAGACUUAAUGAUGUCAGGAAAAUGACAAACAAAUGAUGUCCAUGUGAAGUGCUACAGUGUCCUGGAACUAAAGUGAAAACACUUGUGCUUUUGUAAGCAAGUGCAUGUUCCAGUGAUGGUGGAAGUCACUCUGCAACCAAUUGAUGUCUCUGGUUGUCAAAAUGGAAGAUUUACCAGAAUAGCUGACCUCCAUGCCAAAACCAUUUGGAAUCUUUUGCACCAAGAAAGGCAAGUGGCACAGCUUAUCCCCAGACAAGAAGAUCAACAGUACAGUGGAAUGAUGCUGUGCUACAGGAGUGUCCAGAAAGACAUCUUUGGUUUAACUUCAUGAAGGAGACUUCUCAUCGCGACCAACCAUAAAUACAGUUUCUGCCCUUGCAUUUCUACAUUUCUGUCGUGUAAAACACAGCAGUCCAUGAGGCACAUGCAUCUGGAGACUUCUCAGAAAGAGCAAUCUAAAGACCUACCUCGGCAUGCUGCAGGCCAUGCAGGUGGCAGCUUUCAAGGUACACCAACAAAUGACUAUCGCUUGGACUCCAGUGAUGUCAUCUCAGAACGAGGAGUUUUGGCAGGAUACAGUGAAAGUGAGGUUAGGUUUCAAAAAGUGUAUCAACUUUCAAUAUUUUCUCACCUAUCUAACGCUUCAAAUACUUUGGAUCAGAGAAAUUGCAAACAGGGUUUUAAAAGAAAUUCAUCUGAGCAACAUCCAGAACUUGAGCUCAACCAGAAAAGAAUCCAUGUGCACUGUAAAAAUUCUGCUACGUUGACUGAAAGUCUAAAUGCAUCUUACUGUGGAACUGAUAAUGGCAAUCUUUCUGAAAAGGUAGUAGAAAAGACAGGUGACUAUAUAAAUGAACAGGAUAUUGGUUUCCAGGAUGGAGACCCAGUUAUGCAUGGUUCUGCACAACACUUUUGUCAUAGUGGUUUGCAUGUUGUUGAACACACAGGCACGGAGGACAGUGUCUUGGUAGAAGAUGGAGAGAGAGGUUCACCUGGAGAUAAAUUAGUACCAACAACACCAUCCUCAGACAGUGAGAUUCACAAUAGUACCAACACUGGACUGUUGUCCUCUGAGAAAACACCAUUCUCCUGUGGACAAUCAAGUACAGCCUCUGCCAGAUGUACAGUUAAACGAAAGCUGCUAUCGCCAACAAAUGCAUCCGGGAAAGAGAUGUGCUCAGGGGAUGAGAGCCCUCCUGUUGCAAAGAAAUGUAGGAUUAAGCUAGUUAAUUCUAUCCCAGUUUCUUGCAGAAGUACUGAUGCCAAAGCAGCACCUUUCUGGAAUCAUCUACUUCCAUCCUCAAGAGAUGCAUCCAAGACCUCCUCUGAUUGUAUCAAUACUGGCAGAAGGUUAAAUAAUGGAUUACGUCUGAAAUCACGACAACUGCGGAGUGCAUUUGCAGGAGAAUCCAGCAAGUUGUCGAGAAGCAGUACACUUCCUUCUAUUAGCCGUUCUUUGCUUGGAAAUUUUGAGGAAUCCUUGUUAAAAGGUAGAUUUGCACCAUCAGGAAGAAUUGAAGGUUUUACAGCUGAACUUGGAGCAAGUGGAUCAUACUGCCCUCAGCAUGUAACACUACCUGUGGAUGUGUCUUACUAUAAUGUUUCUGAACACAGUGCUCCAUCACCAUUUCUGGGUAUCGUAAAUCUGGAAUCUUUGGGAAAGAAGGGUUACAAUGUCCCCAAAACAGGAACCAUUCAAGUGACCUUAUUCAACCCAAAUAAAACUGUGGUCAAGAUGUUUUUAGUGACCUAUGACUUCAGCGAUAUGCCACCAAACCACAUUACACUUUUGCGCCACAGAAUAUUUCUAGUGCCAGUGGAAGAAAAUGAAGGGACACAUGAAAAUAUGGAAAAUUCAGAAGUAAAGAAAAAAGUACUAUGUUAUCUGAUUCAUUUGAGGUUUCAAAGUUCAAAGUCUGGGAAAAUCUACUUGCACAGUGAUAUAAGGCUGCUGUUUUCACGAAAAUCAAGUGAAGUGGAUUCUGGUAUACCUUAUGAGUUAAAGUCAUUUACAGAAAUGCCAAGAAAUCCAAAAUAUUCACCACGAGUUUAACACAUCAAUUUCAAGAUUAUCUAUAUUGCAGUUCAGUGAUUUAUUUAUCUAGCAAUUGGCUCUAACUAGUGGAACAAAACUCAGUUUCAGUUCAGUGUUAAUGCGCAUGCUUUGUAAUAAACAUUAAGGAUUUGUUUAAAGUGCAGUUUCCUAUUGUGGCAUUCUGUAAAUUUGGAUUUUGAAAAGCACAGGAAACUUUGCUUUAAUGUAAACCUACAAUAUUUAAUCAACAGUUUUGCCCUUAGUUCAUUGAAAUUUAACUCCUUGUCCUCUGUAUCAAAGUCACAUUUUACUUUGAACCACUGAUUCAUUUACUUUAAAUAUCUUCCAUUGCCUGAGUUCAUGAUUACAAUAAUUAGGUGGUUCCCCUGAAAUGAGAGCCAUUCAGGACCGCAAAAGUCAAAUAUUGCAAUGUGGGAAGAAGUAAUUUAGAAAAGAGUUGGAUUAACCCUUUAACCUAUACAGUUUAUGCAAAAAUCUAUAUGUAAUUAAACAUCUCUUCAAUAGAGUUGUUGAAUAGUGCUGCUUCUUCCAUUCUCACUUUUGGCAUUUUCAUCCUUCACUCAAGAAACAGAAUUAGAUGUUUUAAUUUUUCUUUUAAAUUUAAAUCUGUUUAGUUUGGUACAUAAACUGAUUUUUAACUUGUUCUAAGUACAGUCUACCGAUCGAUAGACUGAAUAACCAUUCUGUUGUAUAAGGAGAAAGAGGACAUAAAGAAAACACUGGUGUAUUGGCAACAGUUUAGAAAAAUAGUUAAUUUUGCAGUGAGUUCUCCUUUUUAAGCUAUUUCUUUGCCUUGUUUACUCACCUGUACCACCUGCUUGCUUUGUUUGGGAGGGUUGGUGGAAACCUGCUUUCCAGGUCUUUGCUGCUACUGUUCCAUGAGCAAAUACAUGGGACAAAAGGGAUAUUUUGAUUGGCUUCUGUAUUAUUAUUUGGGAAUAUCUGAUCCCUGCUGCCAGCUCCCUAACCGUUGAUGUUCCAGCUACAAAUGCAUGGUCCCAUUACUUGGUGCACAGAAUUUGUAUACAAAUGCACUGUGGCACUUGGUGAUGGUAUAUUUAAUUAUCUCACAUUUGCCAAAGUGCUUUGAAAAGGUGGAGUUUUCUUGGGUCAAUGUGUAUCCAGGUAGUUUCCAAACUGGAAUAAAUUAAACUAUACCUUUUGCAUAAGGUGCCUCUAGGUUAAAGUGUUACUUAAACUGUUUCCUAAUGUUAGAAUUUUUUUCAUUUAUGUGCUGUGGUUCUAAAUCUGGAAGGUACACUUCAGAAAUCUACAUCUGUUUUUGUUUUUAUUAUAGUUAUCAUUGUCCUAACCCCAAUCUACAAAUCAUAUUGUUGAAACAAUUGUAGAAACAUGAAGCUAAGUGAGGUAGAUGGUAUUUUUGAUGGAAUAAACUGUUCUUGUAAAUAUCUUGGUUUUGAAUGUUCUUUAAAGCUUGUGCAAAAAUAAAAUAUUGAAUUUGAGUCUCCACGUAUGUAUGGACAGGAUUUUCCCCAGUGAUUAACCCUGAGAGCUACUGAUCCACCACAGACCAAAACAUUCCCAGAUUUGCUCUCUGGCCUGUAAUAGCUGAUCUCAUCUGGGUGGCAGUAAAAAUGCUACAUUUUCAACAGAAAACCUGAAGUGCAGAAAUAUAAAAAAGCAUCACUUUUGAUUAAAAUUCAAUAGCUCUUGAUACAUAUUGAGAGACAGAUUGUGUUGCGAUUUAUCUUGCACUUCAAAAUCCUGCAACAGUUAUCUUUGGUGUUGGAAUAGCUGGCUAGGUACCCAGUGGUAACUGAGGGCCAUGGAACCAUAUCACCUUGCCUGAAAACAACAUCUCCACAGUGGUUGAAAAUUUGAUGAAGUAAACUUCAACAAUUGAGUAGCACAGAAUCAGAUCUCUAUGCUUUAUCUGACAUGUAAUCUGCUUGACCAUCAUCCAUUUUGACAAAAAGCUUUCUACACAAAAAUUAGUACAGUGGGAAAGACGCAAAGGUAAUACCAAAUCCUUCCCGGUCCAAGAGAAUUAAUUAUAGGACUUCAGCUCACAGAAGAGGAAAUAAAGCUCGCUAGAAUGGCAAAAACAUGGAACGUAAAAUGAAGGAUAAAAGUAAACAAGGUAACUAGGAUAGAUUGGGUAGUUGGAGACAAAAUUACUUAGUUUCCACUUUCUCUUCCUUGUAAGAGACAAACUUGACAGCAACAAAAUCGAUUUCGCUAUGAUGAGGCAAAUAGCUAAAGGCUUAACUGAGAAACUUAACUGGCAGGAAGGACAAUGUGCUUCCAAUAGUAAAUUUCAGGAACUUCACCUGAUCGCUUCUCAUUGUAGAUUUGUUUUUUUAAUUCACAUGCUGUAAUAGUCAUACUAUCCUUCCUAGUAAAUUGUCCCCUGCCUCAACUGAAAUUGAACUUUAUUUUGGAGGCUGACCACCUUUCUCUAUCAUCUGGUGGAAAUUUAUGCAGGCUUUUGUAAAGUUAAGUCUUCAGUUGGGUGUUAGUAGGAAGCAUUUGGCCUCUGGCUUACUCUUCCAUGACAAUUCAUCUGUGAAGACAAAUGCCAUAUGAAAAAUAACAGUGCCUACUUUAAUAAAGGUAUCACAAAAAAAAAUCAUUCUUGCACAAUACUGUAUCUGCACUGCACAUUGUAUUUGUGCCUUCAAUUCUCAUAUGCCAAGUUAUACAUUCUGGCUCGUGAGAGGACUCCUCUGUAUGUGAUUGUGAAUGAUCUUACAGUAUGCCACAAUGCUGUAUUUUAAAGAGAAGUAUUUUUCAUUUGUUUAAAAUAAUGUUAUGCUGUGCAGAUUUAUAUUUGUAAUAUAAUUAUGUAGAUUUUAAGUUUCAUGUGUUAACAGGAGUGCCACAAUGUUAAUAAAAAGUACAUUCACCCAAAAUA